AUGGUUCCACGUUCAUUGUGUAUCAAGCUCAAUGCCAUCUUUGCGAUCGUUCUGUUGCGUUUUGAGUACGUUCUUGGAACCUGCAUAGAACGCGACGAACAAAUACAAAAGUAUUUGUCGUCUUCUCAGCCUCCUUUUGACAAUUAUUUUAACAUAUCGAAGGCUGUUUAUCCUUCUGUGGAUCUCCCAUCUUUGCUGAUCGACAUCACGGUGAAAUUCCUGAAGAUAGCUGGCGAAAAGUCAAAUGGAAGUAACAGUUCGAGCACUUUAGAGAAAAAUUUUUCUCGAUCAACGACAUUUGAAAUCAGGAAAUUUAAAUGGAGUAUGUCGUGCUUGUACGUCAGCGGAGGAAUUAGACUGUCCUCCAUGAACUGGUUUUCCUUGGGAGCGAUUUAUCCAAACAGAAGAGGAAGUAAAUUGUACAUAACAUUGCCACAAUUUUGCAAUGGCUCUACCGUCAACAGACAAGAUACAAUAAUAUACUUCCUUUCCACGGUAAAUGAUCAUUCUGUUCUGAGUUGCGUUUUGCUUUUUUGAUUUAACCUUGUAAUUGAGUUGUAGUGUGUCGUGCAAUUUGACGUAAAUGCCGCAAUGAGACCCUAAAACCUCCACUUGCGGAUUCGUGUCGUCAUUGUAACUUCUAUGACUUAAGUUUUUUGAAAGUAGCAAUGUUGAUAGACAUCUGGACCCCGCAAUCUCCAAAAGUCUUUCGGGGACGUUUACGAAAUUUUCCUUGCUUUUAAAAGUUGUUCCGUCAUAUUUUACCAUGAUGACUUUUCACAAAAGUGAUUCUCGAAAAAAUCAAAUAGGCUUCGUUAUUUUUAUGGUAAGCAGUGAACUAUGUUUUUACACGUAUGCUGAUUGGCAAGCUCUAAGUUAUUGGCGAGUCAUAUACCUCCGAGCUGAACGAGAUGACUUCAGCGCACUGCAGUGAAACAAACAAAGAUAAAACUUGCCGUUUUCAUUACGAUGUCUCGAAAGGAAAUGUAGCGUUCAGAGAAAUCUGUACUUGGAAAUGAAAGUGGAGAAAGGGAAAACUUGAGACUUCUGUAAACCUAAUUGAGUUAAUUUUUUUUAUGUAAAAAAAUUACCCUAUGUUGGCAUGUAAAGUGGUAUGGUGCUUGCACCAAUCAGAUUGCCAUAUUAGGGUAUGUAUCUUGCAUUAUGUGACAAGACCAAACAGCUGCGAAGGAGGCUACAGUAAGCGUGGCACUGAUGCAUUUUAUUUUUGCUCAGAAGUAUUAAGACAAUAUAUAGAGAAUAGACCACAAACUACCUGUGUGAGUCCAGGGUUUUUUUCUUUUCUUAAGGUGACGUAAUACAAUAUUUUUGUUUGUUUGAAUGUUAUGCUCUUUUUCUGUUACAAAAAUGAAAACAUUAGGUACACAAAGCAUCCCAUCUCAACCCACUCUGCUGAAAAAGUAACUCUUGUUUGCAAACAUGCAAGAGUGUUAAAUCACAGGUAAACAUGGAUUCCCUUUUUUUUUUAACCCAAUCUCAAGUGCUAUUCACUUUUACAACACUGUGAUGUGCUGACUUGUAUGUUUUUUUAUAGGUAAGGUGUACUAUUAAUGCAGUUAAAUACUUAUGCCUGCAUUAUAAUGAUUUUUAAUAUUGUUUUGUAGUUGCAGGAUAUAGCAGUCACUCCAUUAGUUUCUGAUCCAAGAUUGAACACAGCUGAGUGUGUGAUCCCAGGGCAUGGGAAAGCUCCACAGUUUCCUGGGGUAAAACAGUUGCUACAUGGUGUGUGUUGGAGUUUAUUACCUAUCAGCCUCAUCAUGAGUACUUUUUCAUCACAAUGGAUAAUAGUGAAGCUGCAAUCAUGGGACAGCAACAAGGAUUAUCAGAGUAAGAUUGCAGCAACUAUGCUUCUUUCUUUACUCCUUUUUGUAGGGGGACAUUUUGUUAAUAUAUACACAUGGGUAUCAGCAACUGAUGUUGAAAAUAAACAAGACAGCUAUGUCUGGGUGUUUUUUGGAUCUAUAUGGUUUGUGCUUCUCCGACGUAUGAUUUGGUGUAUGUGUGUACAUACCAAAUGGAAGUUUUUCAAUAACCUAGACUUAACUAAGGGCCAUGGGAUAAUGCCUACCCAAAACUUUUUUUCUGGUGUUGUACUUUAUCCGGCAGUAUUCAUAGCAUGUCAUCAUUUGCUAUGGAUUUUGCUGGGUAUGAUAACAGAACCAUUUUGGGGUAUUACUGUUUUAGUGGCUGUUAUUGCUCUAUGUGCUACAUUUUUCUUCUUAGCUUCAGAGCUGUAUUGUGUUUUUCCUGAAAAUUUUUGUUCCUCUGGAAAAAAGAAAGAAACAUUUGUAUUUUUUAUGUCUUGCUUUUUGAUUGUAGCCGUCCUUUUUGCAUUUGUGUUGUUUAUGGUAGUUCUGUUUGUGGUUGCUCAGGCUAUUCUUAGUGAGAGUUUUAUUUCAACUUUGAUUCAGAAUACUUUGACAUUUGUUGUUACUGUAUGGUUUGGGUAUAUGAAUAUUCUUAAGAAAUCAAAUAAGGGAGUUAAAGGAGAAGGUAAUAAAGGGCCUGCAAGAGAGGAGGAAGUACUCAUGCAGGAACAGUUAAAUACAUCUUGAAAUGGCAGAAAAUCCCAUGCAGACAAGCAUCCUUUCCUACUCGCUUUAUACUUCAGAAACUGAUGAUAAUCACAGGUAGUUAGCAGACUUAACCCAUACCCUUAUCACUCUUUGUUGUCAUAUUUACUUUGGUACCCCUCCCUCAACACCACCUAAUAUUUAUGUAAUAAUUUUAUAUUUAGAAGAACCGUUGUUUUUAUCGCUUACUCAUGAUUGUAAAACAGUGGAUCAAUCACUGUAGAAUCACUGUCAGUUUAUUUUAAGUCUAUUAAUAUAUAAAAGUCAUAAAAUUGUGAAAUUCAUGAACUGUCUUAGGUUUUAGAUUGUAACUAAUCAAUUUUUCUACCCACUAUUAAAGAAAGAU